AUGCGCAACAAGAAGAAGAACAAAGCAGCUAAUGCGCAGCAUGUAUCCCAACACAGCACAUCCAGCAUAAAGCAAUUACGUCUACAGCGACGAAGAGAGAAGAGGAUUAGAAAGAAGCAAAGAGAAGAAAAGGAAAAACUUGGAACCUCUCAAACCACUACUUCCAAAGAAGAAUCAUCUACAAAUUUGGGAAAGUUGGAUAGAAGAAUCCUGCCGAAGGAACAUUGGGAAAGCCCAUAUAUUGACAAUCGAGUGUACGUUCCGACUUUAGAUGACUUCAGCGCUGAUGCUAACAAACGAGGAUCAAUGUUGGAUGAGGUUGCCUUCCUUCCCGCUGAAGAUCUUGCUAGUCUUCUUUGCGGCAGCCGUAUAUACUUGAUGAUCAGGAAUUCCGCCGUUGGAAUGGACAUGCUGGAUCUUUGCCGAGCUAUGAAAGAAAGGCACAGCCGGCUCAACUUACAGUAUAUUUUUGUUUAA